UAAAGAGAUUUGUGCGUAAAGGCGUACCCAGCGAGCUCCGUGCCAAAGUGUGGAUGUCAACCAGUGGCGCCCAGGAGCGACUGGACAGCAAGCCUGGCUACUACCGCUCUCUUCUGGACAUGCAGCAUGACCCCAGGCUGACAGAGACCAUCCACUUAGACGUCCACAGGACCUUCCCUGACAAUGUCUUCUUCCAAAGUCAAGCAGAGCCUGGCCUGCUGAAGGCACUGUCUAAUGUGCUGCUGGCCUAUGGACACCAUAACACAGGUGUGGGGUACUGUCAGGGGAUGAACUUUAUUGCAGGCUACAUCAUUAUAAUCACCAAGGAGGAAGAAAAAGCUUUCUGGCUGAUGGAUGCAUUGCUGGGAAAAAUACUUCCAGACUACUAUAGUCCGGCCAUGCUGGGCCUGAGGACGGACCAGGAGGUUCUUAAGGAGCUGGUGAAGACCAAAGCUCCAGCUGUGGGCCAGCUCAUGGACCAGUAUCCUGGCAUAUGGAGUGUGGUAGUGUCACGUUGGUUCAUCUGUCUUUACGUCGACAUUCUGCCCAUCGAGACCGUCCUGCGGAUCUGGGACUGUCUCUUCUACGAAGGCUCCAAGGUACUCUUCCGGGUGGCACUGACUCUGAUCCGACACCACCAGCCGGAAAUCCUGCGAGCUCGCUCUUUGCAGGAUGUUUGCCAGUGUUUCAAACAGAUCACCUGUGGCGUUUUCACGCUGGACUGCCAUACGUUCAUGCAGAAAAUCUUUGCAGAACCCGGGAGUCUGUCUAUGGCAACUGUUGAUAAACUGAGAGACAAAUGUCGGCAAAGGAUACAGGAAGACGAAUCAAGACGGCUGUAAAGUUUCCCCGAAGUGACGUGACAUAAAUUACUGGUAAUCAUAUAGACACUAUAUGGACACAAGAGACUGAGGGCAGCAAGAAAACCGCACACUGCAGCAGAGAAUAUAACACAUUUUGCUUCUAAAUCUGUUUCAUUUUAUUCAAAAGGAGUGAGGGCAGCAAGAAAACAGAUAACUUCGGCAAUAUCACUAAGUUUGUCAUGUUUGGCUCGAUAUUAUUCGACGACAGCAAAGUGGAGACUGUGGGACAUGCGUUUUUAUAUUUCUAUCAUUAUAUUUGUGUCUUAUCUAAAAGGAGACUAAGGACAUUUCUAUACAUGUUUUAUCUAAAAGGACAUCAAGAAAACGGAACACUUUUAACAAGCUGUGACUCAAAUUUAACUGUGGUAGUAAGAAAAUGGCACUGCCGCAGCCAAGUGGAGACUGUGGAGGACAGAUGUUUUUGUUGAGAAUGAGAUCAGCAGUGGAGACUGGUUUUGCUUAUUUUUUUACCAUCAUUUCUAGCUUGGUCUGAUUCCACUGGAGCAAAGUGAUCUAUGGAACAAGUUGAUUUAAAUAUUUAUCUACCCUCCUGCCUUAUCCAACAGGAGACUAAGGGUAGAACAAACGGGCAACUGUAACUUUCUUUCUAGCUCUGUCCAAGCUGACACUAAGGGAAACAGUAAAACAAACACAUUAUGACAUCACAUCAUUCCGAUUAUAUAACCAAUAAAUUGAGGCUAUAAUACUAAAGGCUUAUCAUCUUCGUUUGUCGUUGGUUUUUGCGCCUGGCUCCUUAACCUCUCCACCCC